AUGGCCUCAUCUCAAGGGAAGCACGAGGUGAAAUUCGCCGACUGGAUGGCAACUCUGCCGGAGAGCAUCCACAGCAUCCCCCUCACCAAUUUAGCCAUCCCAGGGUCUCAUGAUUCCUUCAGCUUCUACAUUGAUGAAGCCUCUCCAGUAGGACCUGAACAGCCAGAAACUGUCCAGAAUUUUGUCUCUGUGUUUGGAACUGUGGCAAAAAAGCUGAUGAGAAAAUGGUUAGCCACUCAGACAAUGAACUUUACUGGUCAGCUAGGAGCUGGGAUUCGUUAUUUUGAUCUUCGAAUUUCUACCAAGCCCAGAGACCCCGACAAUGAACUCUACUUUGCUCAUGGUUUGUUCAGCGCCAAAGUCAGUGAAGGCCUUGAGGAAAUCAAUGCAUUCCUCUCAGACCACCAUAAGGAAGUAGUAUUCUUAGACUUCAACCACUUCUAUGGGAUGCAGAAAUAUCACCAUGAAAAACUGGUCCAAAUGCUGAAAGACAUCUAUGGAAAUAAAAUGUGCCCAGCGAUUUUUGCCCAGGAAGUUAGUCUGCAGUACCUGUGGGAGAAGGACUAUCAAGUGCUGGUCUUCUACCACAGUCCAGUGGCUCUGGAAGUACCCUUUCUCUGGCCUGGACAGAUGAUGCCAGCACCCUGGGCCAACACCACAGACCCUGAAAAACUGAUCCAGUUUCUUCAGGCAUCUAUCACUGAGAGAAAAAAGAAGGGCUCGUUUUUUAUAUCUCAGGUGGUGCUGACUCCCAAAGCUAGCACUGUGGUCAAGGGGGUAGCCAGUGGCCUCAGAGAAACAAUCACAGAAAGAGCUCUUCCCGCCAUGAUGCAGUGGGUCCGCACGCAGAAGCCAGGAGAGAGUGGCAUCAAUAUUGUCACUGCCGAUUUUGUAGAACUUGGUGAUUUUAUCAGCACUGUCAUAAAGCUCAACUAUGUCUUCGAUGAAGGAGAAGCCAACACUUGA